CUCUCUUCUGGAGGUAGUCCUGUCCCAGCUGCCUUAAGAGGGCGAGCUAGAGGCUAGAGGGAGAACUCGGCCGCAGGCGGACGGACAGGUCGGAUCAGGGCAAGAAGGAACUGAACCAGUCUGUCUCUCUGUCUGUCUCUCUGUACUCUGUACGUCUCUGUAUCUCUGUGUCUCUGAGUUUCCCUGUCUCUCUGUCUCUACACACACACACACACACACACACACACACACACACACACCACGUCCUCUGAGAACUCAGCUGGCUGCGACCGCGCACACCCCGCCCCGGCGCGCGUCCCAGGCUGGUGGAGCGCAGAUCCAGAUCCCCAGAGCGGCCGCCCGGCCGGGUGUUCCCACUCUCAGGUGGCACCGAAGGGAGAGCCCGCGCUUGACAACUCGGCUGCGCUCGCCCAGACCUUCCGCCCUCCGGCCGGAGAAGGAAGCUGAGCGGGCGCGGCUGCCACCCAGAGCCCACCUGCCAACCCUCGCGGACCCGCUCCGGCAGUGCCCGGCUCCCAGCGCCCGCUCAGCAGCUAGAGCGCCACCUCGGCUCUGCCGCAGUUCCUUCCGUCUCCCGAGAGUGUCCUGGGCGACCCGAAGUAGCGCGGCAGGACAGCGGGACUUCACUAUGGCCAGGGCGCGCGGUCUGCUGUGUGUGUGGCUAGGUUGCUUCUGCCUGAACCUGGCACAGGGACAGAGACCAAACUUGCACCUUCCGGGACUCCGCGGGACUGAGCCAAGCGACCGCACGACAGGUGGUGGCCCGAGCCCUGACCUGCGGCCGCACGACAAGGUGUCGGAGCAUAUGCUGUGGCUCUAUGACAGGUACAGCGCCAGCGGCAGAGUCCAGGCUACUCAGACACUGGGCUCGCAGCUCCCGGGUCCCCAGCCCCUGCGCGGUGGUAACACGGUCCGCAGCUUCAGAGCCGCAGCCGCAGGAACUCUUCAAAGAGAGGGGUUGCACACUUUUAAUCUGACAUCUCUAACCAAGUCUGAGAACAUUUUGUCAGCCACGCUGUAUUUCUAUAUUGGAGAAUUAGUGAACAUGAGCUUGAGCUGUCCAGAAUCCCAAGGAUGCUCCCAUCACACCCAGAGACAACACAUCCAGAUAGAUCUCUCUGCAUGGAUCCUCAAAUCCAACCAAAGCCAGCUCUUGGGUCAUCUGUCUGUAGAUGUGGUCAAACCUUAUAGAGACAGCGUGUCUUGGCUGUCAAAAGACAUCACUCAACUCUUAAGGAAGGCCAAGCAAAAUGAGGAGUUUCUCAUAGGAUUUAACUUUACCUCCAGAGCACAUGAGCUUCCCAAGAGGAUGCUGCUUUUCCCAGAGCCAUAUAUCUUGGUAUAUGCCAACGAUGCUGCCAUUUCUGAGCCAGAAAGCGUGGUAUCAAGCUUACAGAGACACCGAGAUUUCACAGCGGGGACUGUGCCCAGACUGGAUAGCCACGUCAGAGAAGCCCUCUCGGUUGAGAGGAGGAAGAAGCGCUCAACUGGGGUCUUGCUGCCACUGCAGAACAAUGAGCUACCUGGGGCCGAGUAUCAGUACAAGGAGGACGGAGUGUGGGAGGAGAGAAAGCCUUAUAAGAGCCUUCAGACUCAGCCCCCCGAGAAGAGCAGGAACAAAAAGAAACAGAGGAAAGGGUCUCAUCAGAAGGGACAGACACUGCAGUUUGAUGAGCAGACCCUGAAGAAGGCAAGGCGGAAGCAGUGGAUCGAACCUCGGAACUGCGCCAGGAGGUACCUUAAAGUGGACUUUGCUGAUAUCGGCUGGAGCGAAUGGAUUAUCUCCCCCAAGUCAUUUGAUGCUUACUACUGCUCCGGAGCCUGCCAGUUCCCCAUGCCAAAGUCUUUGAAGCCCUCGAAUCACGCCACCAUCCAGAGCAUAGUGAGAGCGGUGGGGGUCGUCUCUGGAAUUCCUGAGCCUUGCUGUGUGCCGGAAAAGAUGUCUUCACUCAGCAUCUUGUUCUUCGAUGAAAACAAGAACGUCGUGCUCAAAGUCUAUCCUAACAUGACAGUAGACUCGUGUGCUUGUAGAUAACCUGGCAGAGAACACACUCAGAUGCUCCGUUCAAUCAUCAGUUGGGUUUUAUGGACUUUUUUAUUUUUUUGCACUGCCAAUGCAUUUUGUCCCCCC